GGAGCGGUUCGAAAACAAAAGAUGCUACUUGCACCAGCAGAUAAAGUGUAUAUUUAGUCUGUAGUGUAAAGGCGCUGUCUGCUGUUUAUGUAGUGAGCAGAGCUACGACAAAAUAGCAUCCAAUGUCUGCCGACGCGUCUUUGUCCAAUACUCAGGCAUUAAUCAACUAUUACUGUCAGGAAAAGUACUUUCAUCAUGUUCAGACUGUUGCUAAUGAAGGUCUUAAGGAAUAUGGUAAUGAUCCAGUCCUUCUUUUCUUUCGUGCCUUCGGGAUCUUAAUGGAAGAUCAGGUUCAGGAGGCAAUCCGUGAACUGGAAUUUCUAAAAGACAAAUCUGACAUUUCACUAUGCUGUCUCAUGGCCCUGAUAUAUGCCCACAAGAAAAGUUCUCAGCCAGACCGAGAAGCUAUUCAGGAGUUGGAUGCUAAAAUGAAAGAUUUUCGUAAGACAGCAGGACACAAAUCAUUAUACUUUGCAGGACUGUUUUUGUGGCACAUGGGUCGCCACGAUAAAGCCAGAGAAUAUGUUGACAGAAUGAUCAAAAUAUCAAAUGGCACUAAAGAGGGAUAUGUUUUGAAAGCAUGGCUUGAUCUAACCUGUGGAAAAGAAGGCUAUGUUAAGAAAGCUCUGAAAUAUUUAGAAGAAGGACUGCAUGACGGGACAGAUGUGUUUGCUAUGCUGGGAAAGGCUUACUAUUUUGAGGUGCGACAGAAUUAUUCUGGAGCCUUGGAAAUGGUGAACAAAAUUAUUGUAAAUCACCCAAGUUUUAUUCCUGCACUCAUUAAGAAAAUGAAGCUACAGCUGGCUUUGCAAGACUGGGAACAGACCGUUGAGACAGCAUUAAGGUUGUUGCAGAAGGACAGCCAUAAUCUGGAAGCCCUGAGAAUGCUGGCACUUCACUAUUUAUGCAGGGAAGGAAAUGUCCAUGAGGCUUCUUCGAAGCUGGGUGACUUGAUAAAGGCUUUAGAUCAUUUUGAACCUCACAAUUCAAAACUCUACUAUGGCAUGUCGUUGGCUUUCAGCAGAAUGUGUGACCGUAAUCUGCUGAUCCUUCAACAAACUCUAACCUUAGUAGAACGUGCGUUCAGCUUGGCCUCUCAUGAUGCAGAAAUUGCCACAGAACUUGGCUUUCAACAUUUAUUACAAGGGAAAGUUAAAGAAGCUAUAAAGUGGUACAAGACAGCAAUGACUCUUGAUGAAACUAGCCUCUCUGCACUGACUGGCAUUAUUCGAUGUCAGCUUAUAGAAGGGAAUUUACAAGAUGCUGAUCAACAGUUAGAAUUUUUGAAAGAAAUCCAGAUGUCUAUUGGAAAAUCUGUGGAGUUGUUGUAUUUGCGGGCAGUUCUGGCGAUGAAGAAGCAGAAGGGGCAGGAAGAAGUUAUUGGAUUGCUAAGUGACGUUCUAGAAACACAUUUUUCUACUUUAAAUGGGAUUCCACUUGGCAUCAUUUAUUUUGAAAAACUAAAUCCUGAUUUCUUGCUUGAGAUUGUAAGGGAAUAUCUCAACUUUUGCCCAAAUCAGCCUCCCAGUCCAGGCCAGCCUUUAUCCCCAUUGCUAAGACACUGUGCCUCUGUGCUUGAAACUGUGGUGAAGACAGCACCUGGUCUUCAACAGGCACUGUUUCUAAUGGCCAAGGUGAAAUAUCUAGCAGGUGAUGUUGAAGGUGCACAGAGUAGCCUUCAACAUUUUCUUGAACAGAAUCCUUCAUAUGCAGAUGCUCAUCUGCUAAUGGCUCAAGUGUACCUCUCCCAAAACCACAUAAAACUGUGCUCCCAGUCUUUGGAACUUGGGUUGAGUUACAAUUUUGAGAUACGUGAAUAUCCAUUGUAUAACCUUCUAAAAGCUCAGACUCAGAAACAAAUGGGGGAUUUAAAAGAAGCUAUUAAGACAUUACAGAUGGCAAUGAACUUACCUGGAAUGAAGAGAGCUGGGGCCCCUUUGAAAAACAAAGGAAAAAAAGUAGAAAUUAGUGCAGCUGACCGGGUGUCCAUCUUUCUUGAGUUUGUAGAUGCUUGCCGUAAGAAUGGAGAACAGCAUGAAGCUACAAAAGUAUUACAAGAUGCCAUCAAUGAGUUUUCUGGGACACCAGAAGAGCCGCGUUUGAUCAUUGCUAAUGCCGAACUUGCUUUAGCUCACAGUGAUGUCGAACAGUCUUUGUCCUUGCUUAGAAAUAUUUCUCCAGAGCAGCCUUACUUUGUGCAAGCUAAAGAGAAAAUGGCUAAUAUUUAUCUUCAGCAACGAAAAGAUAAGAAGCUAUAUAUCAGCUGCUACAGAGAUCUUGUGACGAAGCAUCCUGGAGCACACACACAUCUUCUUUUGGGGGAUGCUUACAUGAAUAUUCAAGAACCUGAAAAAGCUAUUGAUGCCUAUGAGCAGGCCUUAAAAAAGAACCCAAGGGAUGGCUCAUUAGCAAGUAAAAUUGGAAAAGCUCUAAUCAAAACACAUAACUAUUCAAAGGCAAUCAGUUACUAUGAAGCGGCUUUGAAAAGUGGCCAACAGAACUUUCUUCAUUAUGAUUUGGCUGAACUUUUGCUGAAGCUAAAGCAGUAUGAGAAGGCAGCCAAAGUACUUCAGCAAGCUUUAGAUCAUGAGCCUGUUAAUGAAUUAUUUUCCCUUAUGAAUGACAGCCGCUAUCAUGUGCUUCUAGCAAAAAUCUACAGCAAAAUGGAAAAGACUGAAGAUGCUAUAGUGUCUUUACAGAGGGCUCGGGAGCUGCAGGCCAGAGUGCUGAAGAGAGCUCAGCUAGAGCAGCCUGAUGCUGUUCCUGCACAGAAGUCUCUUGCAGCAGAAAUUUGCUCAGAAAUAGCAAAACAUUCCACUGCCCAGCGUGACUACCAGAAGGCAAUACAGUUUUACAAAGAAGCUCUUGUUUACUGUGAAACAGACAAUAAGGUGAUGUUGGAACUUGCACAUUUAUAUCUUGCUCAAGAUGACAUUGAAUCCUGCCAGCAGCAGUGUGCUUUACUGUUAAAAAAUGAGCAAGACAAUGAAGCUGCCACAAUGAUGAUGGCAGAUCUUAUGUUUAGGAAGCAGGACUAUGAGCAAGCAGUGUUUCAUUUUCAACAGCUUUUGGAACGCAAGCCAGAUAAUUAUGCCACUCUUUCUCGCUUGAUUGAUCUUUUAAGAAGAGCCGGCAAACUGGAAGAUAUACCAAAGUUCCUUGAUAUGGCUGAAAAACAUUCUUCUAGGGCAAAGCUUGAACCAGGUUUUCAUUACUGCAAAGGACUAUACCUUUGGAACUCUGGGGAGCCUAAUGAUGCUUUGCGACAUUUCAAUAAAGCCCGUAAAGACAGUGAUUGGGGUCAAAAUGCUGUUUAUAACAUGAUUGAGAUUUGUUUGAACCCAGAUAAUGAAACUGUCGGUGGAGAAGUGUUUGAUAACCUUGAUGGUGAUGUGGGAAAUUCCACAGAAAAGCAAGAAUCAGUUCAACUUGCUGUAAGAACAGCUGAAAAACUUCUUAAAGAAUUAAAGCCUCAGACUCUUCAGGGUCACAUACAGUUGCGUAUUAUGGAGAAUUAUUGUUUAAUGGCAACCAAACAAAAGACACAUGUUGAGCGUGCUUUAAAUACAUUCACUGAAGUGGCAUCUGCAGAAAAAGAUCACAUUCCAGCACUUUUAGGUAUGGCAACAGCUUAUAUGAUAUUGAAACAAACUCCAAGGGCCAGAAAUCAAUUGAAGAGGAUUGCCAAAAUGAAUUGGAAUCCAAUAGAUGCUGAGGAAUUUGAAAAGAGUUGGUUACUUUUAGCAGACAUUUAUAUUCAAUCAGGAAAAUAUGACAUGGCAGGAGAUCUGCUGAAACGCUGUCUUCGACACAACAGAUCCUGUUGCAAAGCUUAUGAAUACAUGGGCUACAUAAUGGAAAAAGAGCAAGCUUAUAAAGAUGCUGCCAACAACUAUGAGAUGGCUUGGAAAUAUGGAAACCAAACAAAUCCAACUGUAGGAUAUAAACUUGCAUUUAACUACCUUAAAGCAAAGAGAUAUGUUGAUGCAAUUGAUGUGUGUCAUAAGGUUUUAGAACUUCAUCCUAAUUAUCCUAAAAUAAGGAAGGAUAUACUUGACAAAUCCAGAGCUGCAUUAAGAACAUAAAGAACUUUGAAAUAUAGUGAAGAAAGAAAGAUACUAGAUUUCAGUUUUGGGCUCUUGUUUAAAUUUGGCUUUAACUGUCAUUAAUUUACUUAUCAGUAAAUGUUAAAUAGAAUUGUAAAGAAAAUGACUGUGAUAUAACUAAAUGGAGCUAAGUAGUUAUUGCGGGCUCACUGGCAACAUGUAAGCUAGUGAAUAUCCCAUAAUGUGAUAUUUACAUUAAUUGUAUAACACGGUUAAUGCAUAUGAAACAGAUUUAUAUUUUUUAUUACAGCGCAACUGUCAGAUGAUAUUAAACACAGACUUUUGAGAAACUGUAGCAAACAACCUCUUUAUCCAGUAGAUGAUGCUGUUGCAUUUUAGAAGUUAUAGGCACAGUGUGCUUUUUCUUGUGAUUCUGCUAUUCUCAUUCUGUCAGUCUGCUUACUAACAUGCGGCAAGGACUGGUAGAGGUUAGUGGUUAGUUUUUAUCUAUCACAGCUCCUCAACUCCAGCCCUUAAGAACCUUUAAACAACUAUUAAUACAGUAAUAUUUCAUGAUCAACAAAUGUAUAAUAAGAAAGACAAUGUAAAAGCACUUAGAAUUUCAAAUAAGUAGAUUUUUUUCUGACAAAUUUCAAAGUUAGUACAAUUUUCCUUCCCAUUGCAUCAUGUGACAGUCAUCAGUCAAUCACAAAGUGCAUAUACAGUGAACUCUUGCAAAGUUCAGUAGGAGCUGGUAACUCAUAAAGUGUGCAUAUAGAUAAUGGAAGUGAAUUGGAAAGUUGUUUAAAAUCGUGUGCUCUUUCUGAAUCAUAAAAGUUUAAUUUUGAAUUUAGUGUUCCUUUAAGGAGACAGAUUUUUAAUAUUUCCCUAGAAGGUCACAGGUAAAUCAAUCACAGUUUGUGUGUGUUAGGGGGUACUUGAAGAGUUAAAAAAAUACUGCUGUAGAUUGACAUUUUAAUGAAAGCCCAGUAGUGAUCCCCAUUCUAAUCCAUUAGGAUUUCUGAAAGGGAAUAUUGUUUGCAAUCUCAAGUGGUUUAAGCCAUUCCAACCUGGAAGGACACAUACACAAGUUACAAAUAUAAUAAUCUGGUUAAUAGGAAAUAUUUCACUCAAACCAUCAUAAAUGCAAAACAUGACUUGCUAAUGUAUUUAAACGAAGUCCAAACAUUGUAUUACAAUCAAAAAUUAACAUUUUGAUAUCCAUAUUUUGUGUAUACUAGUUUUACCCCUUAACCCAAAUAGACAGGUGUGGGAGAUAAGGCGGGUGCGUGGUCCAGCAGUGGAGAGGGAGUGGUAUGUGCCCUACGCUACCAGAAAAAAAACUGAAGGGAGAGGGGGGCACAAAAAAAAAGUGGGGUGGGGGCCUUAGCUACCGAUUGCCGGUGGGGGGACUACUAAACUACAAACAAAUAAAAAAAUAAUUUAUGCCUACUUGAUAAAUUAAUUUCUUUCAUGGUGGUGAGAGUCAAUGAUCCUUUACUUUUGGGAAUUACUCUUCUCUACCACUAGGAGGAGGCAAAGAGUUCCAAACCCUAAGAGCUCUAUAAAACCCCUUUCACCUCACAUAUACCUCAGUCUAACGUAUAGCCAAGCAAAGUGAGGUAAGAAAACUGAAUAAGAGCAAAUAUUUGGGACUAUUUAUUUUCUAACUUACUAUAAAAUAUGUGUAAAUACAAAAGUGAUAUUUUGUCACAUUUUGUAUACAUUUUUUAAGGUUCUGUUACUAUAUUUGACAAAAUAAUGUUUUAUUAAUAGCAUAUUAAGAUCAGCCUCUUUGGGAAUGUCAAGUAUUUCAUUCCAUCCAAAAAAAAACACAAAAACAUGGUUUGAAUUUCAUAUACUUUAACUGGGAUUCUCUGUCUUUUUCACAAAACUUAAAUAACUUAAAGGGACAGUCAACACCAGAAUUUUUGUUGUUUUAAAAGAUAGAUAAUCCCUCAAUUACCAAUUCCCCAGUUUUGCAUACCAACACAGUUAUAAUUAUACACGUUUUACCUCUGUAAUUACCUUGUAUCUAAGCCACAGCAGUCUGCCCCCUUAUUUCAGUUCUUUUGACACUUGCAUUUUAGCCAAUCAGAGCUGCCUCCAUGGUAAAUUCACGAGCAUGAGCUCAAUGUUAUCUAUAUGAAACACGUGAAGUAAUGCCCUCUAGUGGUGAAUUUUUUUUAAACAUGCAUUUAGAUUAGAGACGGCCUUCAAGGUCUUAGAAAUUAGCAUAUGAAACUCCUAGGUUUAGCUUUCAACUAAGAAUACCAAAAGAACAAAGCAAAAUUGGUGAUAAAGUAAAAUGGAAAGUUGUUUAAAAUUACAUGCCCUAUCUGAAUAAUGAAAGGUUUUUUUGGACAUGACUGUCCCUUUAACUAUCAUUGACACACUCUUAUUUUUUUUAAUUUUCUAUUUUAAGAAAAAAAAAUACUUUACUUAAAGAGAUUUAGUUUAAAAGGUCUAGCUGUAGCUUUGUCCAAAGCUGGAAGGUAACAAAACCUCAAUGGAUCUAAGGCAAACAACUAUUGAGAUUCUGACAUAGACCUUACAGAGGAGCGUAUCCAUUACAGUUCAAUCUGACCCUCACAGUCCAGCAGUCGCUAGAAAGUUAGUAUCAUUACCGGGGGAAAUAUGUCCUGUGAAAUGUAAUUGUUUAGCAGACAUCAGGUGUCUCUCCAUAAAGUUUGUUUUGCUUUAAUUAGAAUUUUUUUUUUUUUUCAUAGGACCAAUAUCCUUGUGUGCAUUAUUUUCCUAUAAGAAGUAUUUUCUCUCAUUCCAUAUGUCCAGCAACAAAUCUGGAAACUUUCUCUAAUGGAUAUUGUGACAAUUCGUAAGAAAUGUGGCUUUUGUCUGUAACCUUUAAAAAAAUGUAUGUCUACAUAGCUAUAUACAUUUUUUUAUUUUGUAUCCCAAAUAAAUUAUCAACUUUUUGUGUAAAUGUA